ACGGCCCGAGUGGUGGCCGCACAAGAGCGGUAAAGUGGAUGUAUCCAGCGCACACACACAUGCAUACAUAUAUUUAUACAAAGGACAUUCAUUUCAGAAUGAGCUUUACUUAAACUUCUUAUUCAUUUUCAUUUGUUUCAGUAUGAUCGCAUAAGUAACCACAGGAAACACAAUCCAUUCAUUCAUUCUCUAUUUAUUGUUAGGUUUGCAUAAGUUUACAUUUACAAUACAUUGUGACUGAUUUGAAGUGCACACAAAUUAGUUAUGUUGUAUCUGUUAUUUAUAUUUGUUUCUAUUUUGAGUUUAAGUUUACCGGUGAUCAACUUCAGCCAUGGUCCGUUGCAGCCGCAUCCUGGUGUGACGAAAAACAAGAGUCCGGCAGGAACACCAUAUUUAAGCUUAUUGGUUCCGUCUGGACGUACCAUUCACUGGGAGUUUCCGGGGGGAGGAAGGAACGUUGAUGUGUUUAUUAAUUGAUUUAUUUAGUUGUACAUUUAUGAUAUUUGAUUACAUUUUGCUUUCCUUAUCUUUAUUUACAAUGUAUCUCUGUUUGAUUUGAUUUUGAUUUAUGUAAGGUUAUAUGUUGUAUGUAAAGUUAAAUUGUUUCCCCUCUUAAUUUGUAAUGGGCCCAUCCCUUCCUUUAUAAACUGUUGCUUUGUUCAUUUGAGCAGGUCAGUUUUAGUUUGUUUGUUUGUUUGGUUUUUGUCCAAUUGUUUUGAUCUCGGUUUCUGUUUGUUUAUUUUUGUUGUAAGUGUGUAAAGUUAUUUUGUUUUGGGGUUUAAAUAAAGACCCAUUUGUUGCGCAACGCUUGUGUUCCUUGUUCUUGGCUUCUCGGUCCCUCACAUAUGGUGGCAGCGGUGGGAUUCUUCAGUCAGUCAAGGACACAAAGCGGUGUUUUGUUCUUUUCUGCCCCUCGAGGCUGUUUUUUUUUCCCCGGUUAAUGAGCCGUACCUCAAAGAGAGGUGGGCCUAAGGCUCCGCCCUUGCAGCAAGAGGAAGAAAAGGGUGAGGAGGACCAGGACAUGGUGGAAGGAGCUGAAGGAGGCGAGGCAAUGGGAGACAGAGACGUUUCGGUGACUGAGUUGGCAAAUCUGCUUCGAACCCAUAUGGCCAGGACGGAAGGCCGGGAGACUGCAAGACAGCAGGAGCAGGUGGAUCAGGAGCGACGGUUUAAGGCUCUCCAGCACCAGUUUGGUCUUCUGCAAAUAGAGGUCCAAGCACGCACCUCUCCCAACCUUCACUUACCUGAUGUUGACCGGGAGUCUCGGGGAAGGCCCGAUGUGGAUCAUUUAGAUUCUGAUGGCAACUCAGAGGCUGCAGUUCAUCAGCAGAGUUUUAAUCAGGUUGGGAGCAAUAUAGGCCCACCAUUAUCUCAGAUACCCCGAUUGGAGAAGCUGAGUGACACUGAUGAAGUGGAACACUUCCUUGUUACUUUUGAAAGGAUUGCUGUUGCUUGUAGGUGGACUAAAACUGAUUGGGUCUGGCAUUUAAUCCCUUUGCUGACUGGUAAAGCAAGAGCAGCUUAUGUCCAUAUGGAUGUGAACGAGUCUACUGACUAUGAUAAAGUGAAAGAUGCUAUAUUAAAGAAAUAUGAUGUCAAUGCCGAAACUUAUCGACAAAAGUUCCGUUCCUUAUCCGUAGAUCCAUCGGAGAGUCCCAUAGAACUUUAUAACCGGCUCAAAGAACUCUUUGGAAAGUGGAUCCAGCCUAAGAGGAAACGAGUGGAGGAGGUGAGUGAAAUCAUCAUUCUGGAGCAAUAUCUUAGAAUGCUGUCCCCUGAACUCCAGGUGUGGAUUCGAGAGAGAGAUCCUAGAACCGCAGCGGAAGCAGCGUCUUUGGCGGAUGUGUUUGUUGCAGCCAGAGGAAAGAGUAAGCCGUGGGCUUGGAAACCUGUCAAUGAGCGCCGUUCUCUCGACAUGCCUCACUUUCAGCAGAGGAAGUCGGAGGGGUCCGGUAAGCCCUACAUGAGGAAUCCUACUUCAGCCAAAUUGAAUUUUGCUCCUAAACGACCUCCCGUAUGUUACCUGUGUGGUCAAGAAGGGCACACUAAGCCAAAUUGUCCGAAGAUCUCCGCUCAGCUUACACAGCUAUGUUUUGUGCCAAGGAGGGAGGGAACCAAAUCCCCAAGCUCUUUGAAAACUACAAAUGUGGAGAUAAAUGGUGAGAAAUUGACUGCUUUGAUUGACACCGGCAGUGAUCAGACUCUGGUAAGAAGAAAGUUCAUAUCACCCUCUUUGAUCAGUACAGUCAAAAAAUUGCCUAUUUGCUGUGUACAUGGAGAUGAGAGACUGUUACCAACCGCCAAUGUUUAUGUUAAAAUCGAAGAACAGACUUACCUGGUGGAAGUGGGGGUUGCUGAUAACUUGUCUUUCCCUGUGAUUCUGGGUCAAGAUAUACCAGUGCUGCUGGAGUUGUUGUACCCGGCUCGACAGUGUAAUGUGGUGGUGACCAGAGCAAAGGCGAAUCAGUCAGAGGGGAUUGAACACACACUAAGUACUUUACCUUUCUUCAAUGCAGAGAUUGAAACCGGGGUGUCGAAGAGGAGAAAGUCCAGAAGAGAAAAAAGGCAAGAAAAGGUAAAAUAUGCUGCUCAUACAGAGAGUGAAGAUUUAGCCUGUGACUUACCUGUGAACUUCCAGAUGCCCACCAAUAUCGUUCAGAUGCAGCAGGAAGAUGCUAGUCUCACGGAGUGCUUUGCUAGAGCUGCAGAGGUAAGAGAGAAGCCUAUAGAUGACAAUACAGCCAGAUAUGGGAUCACAAAGGGAAUACUCUAUCGGGAGAUCAGAGACCAGAAACAACUUGUGGUUCCACAGUGUGUUCGAGAGAUGGUGUUACAUCUGAGUCACUCGAUUCCUUGGGCUGGCCACCUGGGGAAAAACAAGACCACUGCAAGAAUCAAGAAGUGGUUUUUCUGGCCUGGUUUGAAAGUAGAUGUGGCCCAAUUUUGUAAAAGCUGUCCUGUUUGUCAGAAGGUAUCCCUCAGACGUCCGUCAAAGGCACCACUACAACCACUUCCUAUUAUUGAUACUCCGUUUGAGAGGCUCGGAAUGGAUGUCGUUGGACCUGUGGAGAGGAGUCGCUCAGGUAACCGUUUCAUGCUGGUGAUAACGGACUACUCCACCAGAUACCCUGAGGUAUUUCCAUUAAAAUCUGUGAAGGCGAAACCUGUAGCUACUUCCUUGGUCCAGUUAUUUUCCAGGGUCGGAUUUCCUGCAGAAAUUCUAACCGACCAGGGCACUAAUUUCAUGUCUACCUUGUUGAAGCAGGUUUACCAGCUCUUAGGAAUUAAGAGUCUGCGUACUACUCCUUAUCAUCCCCAAACGGAUGGGUUGACUGAGCGAUUCAACCAGACUUUGAAGCAGAUGUUGAGGAAGUUUGUCAGUGAGACUGGUCAAGACUGGGAUCAAUGGUUGCCCUAUCUUCUAUUUGCUUAUCGGGAAGUCCCUCAGGCUUCCACAGGCUUUUCUCCUUUCGAGCUGUUGUAUGGCCGUGAUGUCAGAGGCCCAUUGGCUCUGCUCCAGGAGAUGUGGGAAGGGAGUCCUGAAAAAGAGCCCACCAGUGUUGUUUCCUAUGUUCUACAGAUGAGGGAACGUUUGCAGAAGAUGACCGGUUUGGCUCAGAAUCAUUUGGCAGAAGCCAGAGAAAAGCAGAAGACGUGGUAUGAUCCUCUGGCUCGAGAAAGGGACCUGGAGGUCGGUACAAAGGUACUUGUCAUGUUGCCCAGUCGAGAGAGUAAACUACUAGCGAAAUGGCAGGGUCCUUAUGAAAUCAAGAAACGCCUGGGUCCUACAACUUAUGAAAUCAGUAUGCCGGGUCAAGAUCGAUCUAGUCGGGUUCUGCAUGUCAACCUGUUGAAAGAGUGGGUUCCUCGUCCUGAAAAGGCACAGUCACUGAUGAUUCGCUGUGUUGAAGAGGAAGAAUCUGAUGAGCAGUAUCUGCCACAGCCAGUUCCUGGAGAAAUCGGGCUAGAUCAUCUAACAGCUUCCCAGCAGUCCCAAGUACAAGUUCUCUUCACUUCUAAGGUAUUUUCUGAAUAUCCUGGGUUUACCAACUUGAUUGAGCAUGGUGUGAUACUGAAACCUGAUGCUGUCGUGAAACGCCAGAGCUAUAGGAUACCGGAAAGAUUGCAGGUGCCCUUGCAGGAAGAGGUAGACCUUAUGCUCCGCUUGGGAAUUAUUGAGCCUUCGAACAGUGAGUGGUGUCACCCCAUAGUCCUUGUGCCAAAAAAAGACGGGAGUAUAAGGUUCUGUAUAGAUUUCCGAUAUCUCAACUCAGUAUCACAGUUUGAUUCCUAUCCUACCCCUCGCAUAAGUGACCUAAUUGAUCGUUUGGGCCAAUCCAAAUAUCUCACAACAAUGGACCUUUCUAAAGGCUAUUGGCAAAUUCCACUGACUCCACCCUCACGGCCCUUGACUGCAUUCAGAACACCAAGGGGCCUUUUCCAUUUUAAGGUGUUACCUUUUGGCCUUCAUGGGGCUGUGGCGACGUUUCAGAGAUUAAUUGACCAAGUGUUACGGGGCUUACCUUUUGCUGCUGCAUACCUUGACGAUAUUGUCAUUUACAGUAACACCUGGGAGGAACAUGUGCAACAUCUCGCAGAAGUCUUGCAGCGUCUUCAGAAUGCCGGCCUAACGGUCAACCCCACCAAGUGUGCUAUAGCUAAACAGGAGACAGAAUACCUGGGUUAUGUCAUCGGCCAGGGUGUUGUGCGACCGCAGGUGAAGAAAGUUCAAGCUUUGGAGAGGUGUGCGGUACCCCAGACACGUAAGGACAUGCGAUCAUUUUUGGGGAUGGCUGGAUUUUACCAUUGCUUUGUCCCUAACUUCUCCAGUAGGGCUGCUCCAUUAACGGACAUGGUGGGGGCACGUUGCCCGAACCAAUUGCAGUGGACUGAGGAGAGAUUGAAAGCCUUCCGAGACAUCCAGGGAGCUUUAACAACCAGCGCUGUGCUACACAAUCCUGAUUUUAGUCGUCCUUUCAUUGUACAGACUGAUGCCUCUGAGAGAGGAGUAGGAGCCGUUCUAUUGCAAGGACCACCAGAGAGUCGACAGCCAGUGGCUUACAUUAGUCGCAAACUGUUUCCGAGAGAAGUACGUUAUUCAACGGUGGAAAAAGAGUGUUUGGCCAUAAAGUGGGCGUUGGAUUCCCUACGAUACUAUCUACUAGGCCGUGAGUUUACCCUAGAGACUGAUCAUAAAGCAUUGCAGUGGUUGGAGAAAAUGAAGGAUUCUAAUGGGAGGAUUACAAGAUGGUAUCUCGCCAUGCAGCCCUUCAGAUUCAAGAUACAACACGUUUCUGGAAAAGUCAACGUUACUGCUGACUAUCUCUCCCGCUCUACUGGCGAGAUUCCUGAAGGGGGGGGAAAUGUGACGGCCCGAGUGGUGGCCGCACAAGAGCGGUAAAGUGGAUGUAUCCAGCGCACACACACAUGCAUACAUAUAUUUAUACAAAGGACAUUCAUUUCAGAAUGAGCUUUACUUAAACUUCUUAUUCAUUUUCAUUUGUUUCAGUAUGAUCGCAUAAGUAACCACAGGAAACACAAUCCAUUCAUUCAUUCUCUAUUUAUUGUUAGGUUUGCAUAAGUUUACAUUUACAAUACAUUGUGACUGAUUUGAAGUGCACACAAAUUAGUUAUGUUGUAUCUGUUAUUUAUAUUUGUUUCUAUUUUGAGUUUAAGUUUACCGGUGAUCAACUUCAGCCAUGGUCCGUUGCAGCCGCAUCCUGGUGUGACGAAAAACAAGAGUCCGGCAGGAACACCAUAUUUAAGCUUAUUGGUUCCGUCUGGACGUACCAUUCACUGGGAGUUUCCGGGGGGAGGAAGGAACGUUGAUGUGUUUAUUAAUUGAUUUAUUUAGUUGUACAUUUAUGAUAUUUGAUUACAUUUUGCUUUCCUUAUCUUUAUUUACAAUGUAUCUCUGUUUGAUUUGAUUUUGAUUUAUGUAAGGUUAUAUGUUGUAUGUAAAGUUAAAUUGUUUCCCCUCUUAAUUUGUAAUGGGCCCAUCCCUUCCUUUAUAAACUGUUGCUUUGUUCAUUUGAGCAGGUCAGUUUUAGUUUGUUUGUUUGUUUGGUUUUUGUCCAAUUGUUUUGAUCUCUGUUUCUGUUUGUUUAUUUUUGUUGU